CACGUCUGCUGGGGUUUUCUAAAGCUUGCUUUUUGAGUUUUUUUUUUUGUUUUAGAAAUAUACUGGCAAGUGAUUUGACGAUAACAAUAAACAACACUGACAGCAGCUCAGCUGACAAUUGAAAGUAUCAAGCGUAGUAACUAACUCAAGUUUUAUUGACACAAGUAUUAAACAGAAAAUGAAUAACUUGGUUUUGGCAGCCUUGUUGGUAGUCUUCUUUGGGAUAGUUCCUGUCAGAGCCAACAUCUUACAAAGUCAAGAUGUCUUGAAGGUGUUUAGAGAGGCUCAAAGAAUGGGUCUCAAACUGGACACUAAAGUGGGCCAAACUGUGGACAUGAUCAUCAAACCUGAGCUCCAGCAAACUCUUCAAGGCUACCAUGAAGUUAUGGAUGAACUAACACACAAGAUGAAGAAAAUUUCCAAUGAUUAUCACAAAGUGAUUGCUGGAGUCUCAUUCAGAGACAGCAACUGUUGGUGUGUCAACUACACAUGUGGUUGCUGUUACAAUCUAGUGGUCGAACAGAUAUCUUUAAAUGAUACAGGCUGUCUGAACAUAACUUACCUAGUUGAUGAAUACGGUUUCGAAUUUACUUUCACACUUAAUGGCAAAGUUGUAAUUGACAGAAAAAUAUCAGUGAAGAACCCGCCUCCCAUCUGCGCUGCCAUUCCCUACGUGCAUAAUCUGGCCAGCUUGUGCCUUCGCUUCUACAACUUGGACUAUGUGGACCAGCACUUCAGUGGCUGCGCUUCCAUUGAGGCUGAACUGGAAGGAGUAGUGGUGAAAACAAUAGAGCUUGGCUGCUUCAGGAUUCCACCCACUCUGAACAACUCACUUGCGCAUAUCAAUCAUUAAUUUUUUAUUUCAUCUUUUCAUUGAUUUCAGGAUUAAAUGAAUUCAUUGUUAGAUCUAUUACUUGAAAGUUAAUAAAAGAUAUUUAAAUCUUAGAAAUGUCAAUAUAGCGAUUAUGUAUAUUGGUUUUUUACUAAAUGUGAAAAUUGAUUUGUUAAAAACAUUCAGAAAUAUAUUAAUAGUCUUUAUAGUUUCAAAAGAAGUUUUGUUACAUGAGAAACAGAACAUUAAAAGAAUUUUGAAGCAAAAUAAAACAUGUUUAGAGUGUAAAACCAAAGCAUUUUUUUAAUUAUAAGAUAAUGUAUCUCCAAUCUUUGUGUAAAAAUUCUACACAAAAACUCAAACCAGAAAAAUGAUAAAGUUCUGCCUGCCACUUUGUGCUUUGACUUCUCUUUACUGUAAAAUUUUUUCAUAAAAUAAUGACAUAACUUUAUGAAUUUUUCUAAAUGCUGGUUAAUAUAGUUGUGACAUGGUUGUAGUUUUGGUCCAUAGGGUUCUAUUUAAUUGGAAAUAUAACUAUAAUAAUAAUUUCAAUGAUUUACAAGUAUAGAAAUCUUAAUUAUAACACAUGGGCUUACAGUUGUAGAGUAUAGAGCCAAUUUUAAAGUGAUAGGACAAAUAAUGUAAAAUGUUAAUAUCUCCAAUUUUUUUUGACUUAAUUUUUUUUUUCUUUUCUGAUUCUGGGGCUCUAUUUGAAGUUGUCAACAACUGUUAAGUAAUGAAGGCAAGUAUAAGAUUAUUAAGUACCAGAUUUCUUUUUUUUUUAAACAUUAUGAAAUCUAAAAUUUAUAGAGAACAUUUUUUUUCCAAUCACACUUCAGUGCUAUUUUUUUUUUACUUUCAGUUCAAUCAUUAUUUUCUGAUCUGUAUGCAUAAUAAAAUUGAUCUUUUUCUUUUAAUGUUUGCAAUGUAGCUUCUAUAAGAUUGUUCAAAUUAUUUUCAACUUCCAAUUCCCACUUUCCUGAAAUUCUCUAUUCCUUUGCUGACAUUGUUUACAUUUCUAUGAAAUCAUUUAUUUAAUCUUAGGUUUUACUCAUGGGAAUAGUUAUAAAUCUUUGGAUUGAAAUGGCUAUAAAAAGAAAUGAUAAUAAGUUACAGUUAAAUAUUGAAUUACCCAAACUUGGCCUCAAACAAACCCAAACAUUCCCUAACCAUUAGCUGCCCCUGUGCUGUUGGAGGUAUAUCUUUUCAGAAGGAUCAUCCUAGCAGUGUCUUAGAACAAUAUAAUCUCUUGAGAAAAUAUUCAACCUUGCAGGGGUAAGGAGAAAUGUAAUGUUCUGAUUGUCUUUCAAUUUCUUCAUGAAUCUGAAUUUGAUGAUCUUUCAUUUUGACAGAGAAUUGAAAUUUCAUGAUCUUUUAAUUUGUAUCUAAUCUCAAUUUAUAAUCUUUUUUUUUCUAGACUCAUUUUAUUUUAAAUUGUGACAAAAAAAUAUAACCAUGUUAUUCCUUUUUUUUUUUUACUCAUUUUACAUGCAUUUUUUUAGUUAUAUAUUUGUUCUAGUUUUUUUUUUUGUUUUUUUUUUUUUACUCAUUUUAACAGGAAUUUUUUUGAAUGUUUUACUUUAAUAACUAGUUCAAUUUGUGUUUGCUUGAUACUCUAUUUGACUGAGCAGAAUCUAAGUCAUUCUAUUUUAUUUGUUUAACAUGCAUAUUGUGUACAAAGAAUUAUUUUGAUUUCUAAGCUACAAAGAUUUUUUUUUUAGCCUAUAUGAUUUUGAUAUUAAACUAAAAGGAUGUAGUAAAAAUUGGAUUUUCUUGAUUACAUCUUUUGAGAUGUAGCUGUUUGUACUCUUGGUGUGCUUUCAUUUUGGCUUAUAAUAAAAUACAUGAACAUAAAUAACAA